UUCAUCAAGCAUCCCAGUGCAUUAGGCGUGUGGUGUUCUGAGGUUGCCCUGGAGACGGUCUGUCAAGAAAAGUUAGUUCAUUAAGGAAUUAGAGACACCUAACUCCCAAGAGUCCCAGAAGUCUUCAUCCUUUCAACUUUUAUUAAGGAGCAGAUUUGAAGAUGCAGCAGCUGGAGGAUGAUAAGCCCAAGAAGAAGAUUACACCCUACCUCCUUUACUGUGUCGCAACAGCUGUCAUUGGUUCGCUGCAGUUUGGAUACAACACAGGAGUCAUCAAUGCACCUGAACAGAAAUUACGAGUGUUUUUCCAGAAUGUAUCGAGUGAACGUUAUGGGGAGCCUUUUUCCCCAGGAGCCACCACCAUGGUGUGGAGCUUUGCUGUGGCCAUCUUCAGUGUGGGCGGCAUGAUUGGGUCAUUCUCUGUUGGAAGCAUGGUUACCAAGUUUGGCAGGCGAAAAUCGAUGGUGAUCGCAAAUGCCCUGGCUCUGUUGGGAGGUGCUCUGAUGGGACUGUCGUCUUUGAGCCGUUCUUUUGAAAUGGUCAUCAUAGGUCGGUUUAUCAUUGGUGUUUUCUGUGGACUCUGCACUGGUCUGACCCCCAUGUACGUUGGCGAGAUCUCUCCCACCGCCGUCCGAGGAGCCUUCGGCACACUGCACCAGCUAGGUGUUGUGAUUGGCAUCCUGGUGGCUCAGAUCUUUGGCCUGGAGUCUGUUCUGGGAUCAGAUGAUUUGUGGCCUGUGCUGCUCGCCCUGACCAUCCUGCCGGCCUUGCUGCAGAGCAUCAUGCUGCCUUUUUGCCCCGAAAGCCCUCGCUACCUCCUGAUUGUCCUUAACAAAGAAGAGGAGGCCAGAAAAGCUCUGGAGCGUCUGCGUGGCACUGAAGACGUGCACGACGACAUUCAGGAGAUGAAAGAGGAGGGCAUGAAGAUGGCCAUGGAGAAGAAGGUGACUGUGCUCGAACUCUUCCGCUCACGAAACUACCGCCAGCCGAUCAUCAUCGCCAUCAUCUUGCAGCUCUCCCAGCAGCUGUCAGGCAUCAACGCUGUUUUCUACUACUCUACAGGCAUUUUUAAAACCGCUGGUAUCUCUCAGCCCAUCUAUGCCACCAUCGGGGCUGGUGUGGUCAACACUGUCUUCACUGUUGUCUCUCUGUUCCUUGUUGAGCGAGCAGGAAGAAGGACUCUGCACCUCAUCGGACUGGCAGGGAUGGCCAUCACUGCCCUUCUUAUGACCAUCUCUCUCUCUUUAGUGAACAAAAACGAGAAUCUGAGUUAUCUGGCUAUGGUGGCCGUGUUCGGCUUUGUCGCCAGCUUUGAAAUGGGUCCGGGUCCCAUCCCCUGGUUCAUUGUAGCUGAGCUCUUCUCUCAGGGGCCUCGACCUGCUGCCAUGGCUGUCGCUGGUUGUUCUAACUGGACCGCCAACUUUUUGGUGGGGCUGGGAUUCCCUAAACUGGAGGAAAUCUGUGGCCCGUACGUCUUCCUCAUCUUUAUGGUCCUCCUCAUCCUUUUCUUCAUCUUCACUUACCUGCGAGUCCCUGAGACAAAAGGACGGACCUUUGAUGAAAUUGAGCAGGGAUUCGCCGCCAAACCUGUCGAUUCCACGGUCCCUGAUGCUGUGUGCAUCAGCAAACCCGAGACCCAGGAUCCAGCACCUUUGUCCCCCACAGAAAAAGUCCCCAUGGUGGAUCUACCUGUAGAGAAACAAUAACUGAAAUUGAGGAUUCACGGACUGCAGCUUCUUUCUGUAAGAAUGAAGCCGCUAAAAAAUAGUUUAUAGGUCCAAAUGUUACAAUUUUUAAUUUUUUUAUACAGUGUUUUGCCCAUAUAAUAUAGUAUUAAAUAUAAAGAAAAACAAUUUUAAUCCUGACCAAACUUGAUUAAUUGUGCCACAUAAAAGGAUCAUUGUAUGUUCAAAUUUUCAGCUGCCUUCAGCAUUCAAAGGUUACAGGCUUAAGGGGGUUAAUAUAUUGAGGUCAAGAAUCUAAAGUUAGUGUGACAAAGGCAUUUCGGUCUCCACAGGAGUCAAUAAAAUACUAUUUUUGCAGGGCAGGGGAAGCACAGGAGACCACAAAGGAGCCACUGCAAGAAGACCCACUUUGAGCAUAAAAAGUUGUCCCUUAUUAUACACAGAGGACAUAUUUUUAAGCACAUAAAGAACGGAUUUAUCCCAACUGUUGGUGAUACCUCAUGACAGGCUUUUCCUUUAUUUAUGAGGUUUUAAAUUUAGCUUUUUUCUGAAUUUGUGCCGAUAAAGCAAUGUAAGAACCUAUGUGCAGGGUGCUUUUAUUCAAUAUAAGGCUUUCUUUUUAUUUAAGCAAAAAAAAAAAAAACCUCUUCAGGUUAAGGAUUUUACAACAUGAACGAUGACAAGAAAAAAAAAAUAGAAGCCAUAAUCUAGUUGUUUACAUCAUGCACACAAAGUUAAAUUAAAGUAACUCUGGUUGUAAUAUUUUGUAAAUAUUUUAGGGUUUUAUUGUACUUGAAAUUCUAUCUACAGAAACUACUGGAUCACACGCUUUAGAAAUCUAUAAAAUUAUGUUUUGUCAGUUUGAAAUAAUAUGUUCUCAUCUGUGCCGUGCAUAAAAAGCGAGUCCUGCCUACUCCUAACUUAAUGUACAUUACAUCCUGUUAAACAUUAACCUCGCGAGAUUAUGCUGUUGGAUAGAGACACUAAGUGGAUUGUAUUUAUUACAGUGUUUUUAACGUACAAAAUGUGUAUUCUGAUUAUGUGAGAUUAUACAUGCAUAUAUACUGUAGACUCAAGUUCCUGCAUCAUGAUCAGCUGCUUCAGUCUUUGCUUGAAACCAGGUCGAUGUUUGUAGAGCUGCAUUUCCAUGUGGGUGUGCAUAAACUUGGUGAAGACGCACUUUUCUUGUUUCUGCUUUGCAGUUUGCACUUCAGCUGUCACAGUCAUUUCUAAAGAGAUAUUUAUUUAGUUUGUUUGUGGUUUUAUUUCUAAAAUGUUUACUAUAUUUGUUACAUUCAUUCUGAUUUGCUUUUAGUCUUUUUUUUUUUUUUUGCACUCUGCACAAUCUGUAGACAAUGCCCUGAUCCUGCUUUUGUCGUCCACAAUAUUCACUUGAGUAAUUUGUAUAUUUUGCUCUUUUAAUACAAUAUUUGUGCAAAUAAAGCCAGUAAGUGUCACUGCCAGGUGAGCACAGACCUUCAUGUGUAAAAGGAAUGUGUGACUUCCCUAAUGAGUAUACUCGUG